AUGGGCCGGCCGGCGAAGAAGAGGUUAAGCCAGGACAACGUCAACGCAGCGGCAGCAGCAGCAGCAGCACCUUCAUCGGGAUACCGCCGCGCUUCAACAAUGUCUAGCACGACCAUCCAAUCAACCCAGUCCGACAUGGUUCCAACGCCAACCAACGAGGCGAACGAGUUUCAAUAUGGGCUGGGUAUCAUUCAGAGCCAUCCUGCAGAGGAUGCAACAUGGGUGGAGAGCUUCGAAGAUCCGUUGCUGGGGCUCUUGCAACACAACGACCAUAAGAUGGUUGCCGCCGAAUGGAUGGAACACGACUCCCUUGGAUUCUUGGAUCAUCAUGAAGAAGCCGUCAUUCCCGAAACACAUGCCCUGCCUUUAACACCCCCAACGACCAUUGGCUCUCUUCCCAACGGCUCUGACGACGCAUGGAUGCAGAGCUGUGAACAGCCUCACGACUUUGGACACCCGGAAUCCUUUGCCUGCGAUACCCUCCCCUCAUCCCCCGAGCCAAAGUCAACGGAACCUGCGACCCAGCGGCUUCUCGAUUUGCAAUCGCGCCUCUUUGCCCGCCACAUGGCGAAGAUACAGGAAAUAGACGGUCUUUCAGCUCUGAUCAACACGACAGUGCACUCAACCGAGACGCUCAUUGAGAUCGUUGAGGGCUUGCCUCAGCUGCGACCCAGCGUAGAGGGCCGAAGGUCUACCUCACCACUUUCAUCAUGGGGCGCCGGAUCCGACCCUGCGGGCUUCAACGCUCCCGCUGCCACAUAUACAGCUUCGGAUCCUCAACUACAACAGAACCCCAAUUAUGCGAUCACCAUUUCUCUCUUUAUCACAUGUUAUCUUGUUCUUUUGGACUCUUACGACGAGCUGCUCUCGGCUCUCAGAGCGCGUUUGCAAUGCUCUCGACAAAGCCAGGGACCCAGUCCGACCAGCGACAUGGGCCUGGCGCAGCCUUUCUUCAAUAACGCUCAGGGCGGAAACAUCAACAAGUUCAACCUCGUCAGCUCCUUUGACUUGGACGUCAACUCUGUGGUUUUCCUCCUGUCACGAAUGAUGAAGCGAUUGCACAAGUCCACGGAGAGUCGUUUCGUGGCUGUUUCUAUAGAGAACCCCGCGUUCAACCACAUGAUGGGACAGAACCAGGGUGGAGGAUACCCGGUCAGGCAUGGAUCUAUCAGCUAUGAUUUCCAGGAUGGCGCGAGCCAGGAUACGGAUGGGGUUUCGGAGCCGUCUUCGGGGGGGUCGCUCUCCCCGAUGAUGAUGAUGGGGAACUACGCUCUGAGGGAAGUGAGCCAGAGACACCAAAGCGUGAUGGAGUCGCUCCGUGUCAUUAGAUGGCUCGCCGAUGAAUUAUGA